GUCUAAUUCAACGUGUUAAAAUGACUGACUUGCUAAGCUGCUUUAGUGUAUUCUUCUUUUUUCUCACUUGCAUUUUGUUAACAAGUGCAUCUGAUGAGUCUUGCACUUCCUUUAGCGCAGGUCAUGUAUUCCCACAAGAAACUAAACGAACGACGGGACACGCGAUUCAUUGGAGUCAAGUUAUAAUUUCGAAACAGGCACCAGAUUGGAAUGGAACAGCAGUGAUUAAUGGUGAAUUUAAAGACAUCAAACUAUCAGAUUAUAGGGGGAAAUAUGUGGUAUUUUUCUUCUAUCCUUUAGAUUUCACCUUUGUUUGCCCUACAGAAAUUCUUGCUUUCAGUGAUAGAAAUGAUGAAUUUAAAAAAGUUAAUACACAAGUGAUAGCUUGUUCCGUGGAUUCCCAAUUCACUCAUUUAGCUUGGAUAAAUACACCCAGAAAUAAGGGAGGUUUAGGUCCAUUGAAGAUUCCAUUAUUAUCUGAUAUAACUCAUGAAAUAUCAAAAGCUUAUGGUGUUUAUUUACAAGAUUUAGGACAUUCACUAAGAGGACUGUUUAUCAUUGAUCCUAAAGGAAUAUUAAGACAAGUUACUAUGAAUGAUCUACCAGUAGGAAGAUCUGUAGAUGAAACAUUAAGAUUAGUUCAAGCCUUUCAAUAUACUGAUCAACAUGGCGAAGUUUGUCCUGCUGGAUGGAAACCUGGAGGAGAUACUAUAAUUCCAGAUCCUAAAGAAUCACAAAAAUAUUUUAGAAAACAGAAAAAUCCAGAAUUGUAAAGGACCAAAAUAUUUUUCAAUGUGAAUGUUAUUUUUUCAUUUGUUUUUUUUUUUUUAUGUAGAAGUGCUUUUGAUCAUCGGUUAAGGUAUCAUUACAUUCAAACAAAAAAUAGUGGACACAACAAUGUCCGAUUCAUUUCUUAGCAAGGGAAUUACAAGCAUUAUGACAAUGGAAUUCCUGUUGUCAUGGUUUUAAGUCCAAAAGAGUUUUCAUGGUUUCAUGUCAAAUCCUGUAGAAAUAAGUUAAACCAAUCAUUCUUUAUAAAAUCUUGUUUAUAUAGAGGCGGUUUUCAGUGAAUGAUGUAUGCAAGCUGUCAUCAUACUACAUAUAUCAAUGAAAUAUCUAUUUUAGCUUUUGAAGAAUUAAAGUGGGAGUGUGUGCCAACUCUGUAAUAGUCUCAAAGCAGAGUUGAAACUGAAGAUUAUUAUUUUCAAAAAUGAAGUAUCUAAAACAAUGAUUAACAUUAAUGUAAAGGCCAUUAUUUCAUUCACAAUAUUAAUAUAAAUUCAUGUAAUACUUUGAUCAUAUUGAAUAGAAUUUUAAGUGGUUAAGAAGAGGAAGCAAAGGAAAGUUAUUUUAGUAGGUUUAAUAUUAUUGACCAUUGGAAGACAGGGCGAUCACAAUUCCAGUUUUUAUUAAAAUUGACACUCACUCCCCCUUUAAUAAUUGUUCUAUUAAUGUCAUUUUUUUUAUAAUUUAUGUUGUGUUAUUACUGCUUUAUUAUUCCUGUUCAAUUUAAAUAUUACCUUUCUCUCAAUGUUCUUUUAAUCUCUUGUUAUUAAAGUAUUUUUCUUUAAUA